CCAUUGGCAUCCUUAAGCAAUAUGUCAAGCUUCAAUGUGAAUGUGGAGGAGGCAGCGUACCUGAAGCUUAUGCUUCACGCUGCAAAGUACCCCUGGGCGGCGGUGAACGGCUUCUUGCUGGGAGAAGAAGGUUUGACUGGGCAGGUUUCUGUCAAGGACGCGGUGCCUCUAUUCCACACGUCUACCCUGGCGCCGCUGCUGGAGACGUCAGCGGUCAUGGUAGAUGCUCACGCCGCCCGCAGCGGACUUUGCAUAGUAGGGUUUUAUCAGGCGAACCAGUGUUUGGACGACAACGCACCAGGAGCGCUGGCCACUGAGGUCAUGAACAAGAUCGAUUCCACGCACGCGGGGCCCUCUGUGCUCGUAGUCAUCAGCAACAAGCGCCUGGAGACCGCGGGGGACAGCGCGGUAUCGGCGUACGGGCGAGACAGCAACAACUCCUUCCGGAAGCACGUCGAGGUCGAGGUGGCAGCAGAGGCUGUCAAAGCGUUCGAGUCGGCGCUGGCAGACAAGACGGAGGGUAGGCUGGUGGACAUGGACGAGCACCUCGACGACGUACAGAAGGACUGGAGAAAUCCCGGCAUCGCGUCGGCGUAGAGCGAGACCGCUUUUCUCCUUCUAGGAUAAGGCGGGCAGACGUUGUA